AUGGGUUUUACAGAGUUUAGGGGCAAGAGCCUUAUUACUGUCAUUCUUUUGACCUCGGGGCUGGACUUUUUGCUCUUUGGAUAUGAUCAGGGUCUUUUUGGGGGUAUCCUCGGCGGCCAACGCUUCAAGGAUACGCUGGGUAAUCCGAAUCCUACGAUGACGGGGCUUGUGACAGCCAUCUACGAUAUAGGAUGCGCGCUUGGUGCUGUUGUUGCGUUUGUGUAUGGAGAGAAGAUUGGGCGGAAGCGGUCGAUUAUUCUUGCCAAUCUUAUCGUCGUUGUGGGAGCUGCUAUACAGACUGCUAGCUUUGAGUAUUGGCAAAUGUUCGUCGCUCGCAUCAUUGGCGGUAUCGGUGUCGGGCUCUCGACGGUUGCAGUGCCAAUUCUGCAGUCAGAAACACUACCUGCGCACAACCGUGGUGCGUUACUGGUUGUCCAGUCUGCUCUCAUCAUCAUUGGUGUUGCGAUUGCUUCUUGGCUAUGUUUCGCGACACUGUAUGCCAAUAGCUCGCUGCAAUGGCGCUUCCCUGUUGCUUGCCAGAUUUUGUUCUCGCUCAUGGUCCUGGCGCUCUGUCCGUUCCUAUGCGAGACACCGCGAUGGCUGGCAUCUCGUGGUCAAAUCGAGGAGGCUAAGCAUACUAUCAGUCGGUUGCUUGACAAGCCUCUCGAUGAUGAAGAAGUUCAGGGACAGCUACAAGAGAUUCUCGAUGCGAUUGAGGCCGAGAGCAGCGAGGAGGAGCCCACCUGGGGUGAAGUCUUCAGCAAUGCCACCAAGACUCGAAACUUGCAUCGUGUCCUUCUCGGCAUGGGCCCGUACAUGAUGAACCAGUGGUCGGGCAUUAAUGCUCUCUGCUACUACCUCGCCUACAUCUUCCAAGAAUAUCUCGACUACACGCCGAGCAUGGCUCUCAUCCUCGCGUCCGUUGCCUUUAGUCAAUACGCAGUUUUCUCUUGGCCUCCAUACUUUUAUAUCGACAAGAUUGGGCGGCGCUGGUCAGUCAUGGGAUCUUCGGCUGGUUGUGCAGCCUGCAUGGCCAUAAUCGCUGGUUGUCUGGCCAAGAACAGCUUCUCGAGCGCAGCAGCCGCAGUGGCAUUUAUAUUCCUGUACUUGGAUUGCUUCACGCUUGGCAUCUUGCCCGUAUCGUGGUCCUACUCUGCCGAAAUCCAGCCUCUUCGCGUUCGUAACAAGGCUACGGCUGUGGGUGUCUUCUCGCACUGGAUGUCUAACUUUGUCGUCGUCAUGGUGACACCCAUUGGUCUCGACAACAUCAAGGGCCACUACUUCUGGGUCUGGGCUGCUGUUUGCGCGUCCUUUGUACCGCUUACAUACUUCUUUGGCGUGGAGACGUCUGGAAGGACGCUCGAGCAGAUUGAUACGAUGUUCUUCGAGAAGCCAAGAAUCUGCAUGGGUCUAAACAAGGAAAAUAGGCAGGUCAUCAGGAGCACCAAGUCGGAUGAAGAGCAGAGGUACAGGAGUUUUGCGCACAUGAAUGAGAAGCAGGAGGCGGUUAUGGUGGAGAGAGUGAGCCAGGGUGAUUGA